GAGGGUUUCCGGAACGAAGUCUUAACUUGGCUGUUAAUUAAAAAGUUGGGAUUAAUUCCUCCGGAUCGAAUGACUCGCGGGUUCGUGUCAAUACACGGGCUUAAAAAGAGUUCAGCGGGAUUCGGAAGCUUUUUCCUGGGGCGCGAGGACGAUUGCCGGUGACGUUUUUAACGGAGCCACAGGGUGGGCCCCCACAUUCGAGGGCUGCUCCUUUCGAUUUCCCUCUCUCGGAGCGAGACGUCUCGGGUGGCACCUCCGACCUUUAAUAAUGCGUCCUCCCAGUUAGUUGUUGGUCGUUCCUCCCGCACUUCGGACGGGCACCGGCUUAUUGACGAAGCGGAUGGAAGAGCGAGUCGGAGAAUUCCUGGUUGCCGGCGGCAUCAGCAUCGGGGCGAAGGGGUAUCUUUGAUCGACUAGAGUGAGAGCCCCUAGGAAGCGGAAAUGACGCCGAAGGCCGGUGACAAGGCUGGAGCAAGGAUCUUUCGCGGUCCUCCGGCUCCGAAAUUACAACACAAUUCCGUAGGAGAUUUCCUUCUAGAUGGCUUGCGCAAGCACCAGGAUCGAAUCGCCGCUGUGGACGUCACCAAGGGUGAAGCCAUUUCUUACGGCGACGUCCUUCGCGAAAGCAUAAAACUAGCGGAGUUUCUGCGGCUGCUGGGUCUGAAAAUGGGCGACAGGAUCUGCAUUUUCAGCGAGAACCGUCUCGAUUGGGUCCUGCCCAUGUGCGCCACUUUUUACCUCGGAGCCGUGCUAGUACCCAUCAAUCCCGCUUACACGGAAGGGGAGGCCCGACAUAUCCUGUCGAUUGCCAAGCCGAGGAUCAUUUUCGUCUCCAAGAAGUCUGAGAAAGUCGCUCAAAGGACCGCGCAGUCCUUUUUGUGGCCCUUGGAGAUAAUUCUGCUGGGGGAAGAGGAUUCGUCGAACGACGUCCCCGCUUUGAGAAGCGUCCUUCGAGGAGUAAAAAAUCCACCGGAUCCCGGGAGUUACAAGGCAGUAUCCAUUCCAAAUUUCGAAAAAUGUGGGACCUUGCUUUUAUCCUCCAGUGGCACCACCGGACGACCGAAAUGCGUGCAACUGUCGCACAGGAACGUUUUAACAUACCUCACCAUAUCGCUACUGCCGGAGUGGGUUGACAUUCGUGAGAACGACAAGGUCUUCAUCUUCUUGCCCUUGUUCCACGGAUACGGAUUUUCUCUGUUAAUGGGCGUGCUUCGAGCCGGCGCCACCGCGGUUCUCUCAACUGGAUUCGAGCCGCAAAAAUUCUUGCAAACGAUUCAGGACCACAAAGUGACCCACGUGCCGAUCGUGCCGCCUAUCAUGGUUUUUCUGGCGAAGAGUCUGAUAGUCACCAAUUACGACCUCGGCAGCGUUCGCGAGUUUAUCUGCGGCGCGGCUCCUCUUUCGAAGGACGUUCACAUCCAGGUGUGGAAGCGAACGGGAAUCUGGGCGAGGAAUGCCUACGGUUUAACCGAGCACUGGUCCGCCAUUUGCUUGUGUCCCAGGAACGUGCAAAAAUUCGAGACGGCCGGUAUCCUGUUGCCCAGCGCCCAUUGCAAAAUAAUCGACGUGGAAACUUCGAAAAUACUGGGUCCUUACCAGAGAGGGGAGCUCUGCGUCAAGGGGGAUCUCGUGAUGUUGGGCUACUACGAGAACCCGGAAGCCACCGCGGCAAUGAUCGAUCAAGAAGGCUGGAUGCACACAGGAGACAUCGGUUACUACGACGAUGAAGAAUUCAUCUUCAUCGUCGACAGACUUAAGGAGCUGAUCAAGUACAAGGGCUCCCAGAUCGCUCCGGCGGAGCUGGAGGACGUCCUACUGUCCCACCCCGAAGUCAAGGAUGCGGCUGUCGUGGGAAAACCUGACGAAGUGGCCGGAGAAAUACCGGUGGCGUUUGUGGUUCUUCAGCCAGGGUCCAAGAUAUCUCCCAAUGAGAUACGUCGAUACGUCGACGGGAAAGUGUCAUCGUGGAAAUGGCUCAGGGGUGGAGUGCGAUUGGUCAACGAAAUACCAAAGAGUCCCUCGGGCAAGAUCCUGAGAAAGGAACUUUCCAAGCUAGUGGCUCAUCUAUAAAAUCUCUCCAUUAUUUGCGAGUCCCUUCAUACGAUUUCGAUCGUUCGCCGAUCGAUCGAUACCAACAACGAAUUUCGCCGAAGAUGCGACGCCAUUUCGCCUGGCGCGCACGAAUUAACGCGAUCGGGCCAAUAAAAUCGCAUUCGGCAAGGGCAGAAAUUUAAACGGAACGUGGCGGACGAACCGCGGCGAUUCUGCCGGGACGCUGCUAAUUCAAUCAGGACGAUCGCACUACUGACAAAUCUAAUUGACGGACACCAAUUAUUUGGCGUCGGCUCCAUCAGUCAAGGGGAAGAGAAUGCACCUCGGACACCCGUCGAGCAAGGCCCCCUCCGCUCCCUUUCGACAUUUUUCGCCUUUUUCGAUUCCCCUAGGACCUCUCUUCCGACCCUAUCCUGGCGUACUCGGCGUACGUUCAAUAAACUCUGAACGCGAUGAACCAAAAAAAGAAAAUUAACGGCUCUAAUAUUUUCUAGCUUAAAUCGCAGGAGCCGUCCGGUCAUGCCUUUAUACAUAUUUCGUUACACUCCAUAACAUAAAAUACGAGUAUAUCGAUUUACCUACUUACGAUCGCGUCGUUAUCUCGUUUGGCAAUUUAUUCACGUGUCCCUACGUUCUAUCUCGAAGAGUAAUCCGAGGAAUAAUCCGAACGGAGGACCGUCAAAGACGGCGUCACGGAGCACGACUGCCGGAGACUCGUCUCCGGCGGAAGGAGAAACCCCGCUCUUGAAAUUUAUAUAAUACCUUUUGGACAUUUAAACUCCGCCACGUAGAACGUUAUCGAAUAACCAAAGCGCAACGUCGUUACGUAAUUAAUUUUCCGUGAAAACGGGCACCGGAGCGACGACGCCAUAUUCGCUUUAAGAGAGCAGAGCCGCGCUCCGGCUCCGCUGAAAGGGUUUGGCGAGAACGGUUCGGCCGAGAUAAUCCUCGCUCGGAGCGUUUUGUUCGCCGGUCCAAAAUGGGGCCCGGCAUGCGUGUCCCGACCUCGUGGCUCGACCUAAACCGGAGAACAAACCGCCCAUCUCGUCCCGGGUCUUGAACAAAAUCUCGAUCGUUAAUUCGCAUUUUAAUCGGACCACCUCGCGGGACGUUGCUCGUUUCGGACAUAUUUCGGGUCCUCGACUUAAAUGAUACCUACCGCCAACUCUACGGAUAAUUCGAAUAAUCGACAUUCCACCGGGCGAGGGUACCCUUUGCGAAUAUUUCAUCGACCGUUCCACCGAGAGUAAAAUAUUCCGGGCACAAGUAGGUCUGUCCCGGGGAAUUUAAUAUUUUAAUGUGUUAUUUUAUGGCAGGCCGGGACUAUUUAACGUCGAUCGGAGGUCGCCAGCUUGAAAUACCGUCGGUAGAGUGUACGGAAUUUUUGGUAUUACGCUCUAACGGAGUUUAACGUGCUCCCGGUGGAGCCAAAACUCGGUUGUCCUCCCGGAGCAAAGGAGAUUACGGGCAUUACAGGGAACUUCCCAUUGGCCACCGGUGGGCCACGCCGGGGUGGGCGAGUUAACGCCGACUUUUCGACACGGCCCGAUUCGGAUAAUUUUCCAAAAUUCCUCGCGUUUCAAAUUGACCGUAUCGUCAAAGCGAGGAUUCGCAAUAUUUUGUUCGCGCCUGCCUAGAUCGGGUCGACCGUUUUCGCCCAUGGAUAUCCCAUGGACUCGCAGCAAGUCCAAACGGAAAAUCUGCCGCCCAUCCGUAUCGACAUCGGGCCGGAAACUCCUCGGCCGGGCGUAAAGUUCGCGUUCAAUUUUCUCAGGACGAGGAAAUUUGCUCCGAACGGCCCGGACGCCUAGAGAAGCUGAGAACAGCGGAGAGGGAGACGGAGAGAGAACCACCUCCUCGAGGGCCAUCCUCGAAUCGAGUUUCCCACCGCGUCCGCGAAAAUAAUUUUUCCUAAAUAUUGGCAGUCCCGGGGAAACGGCGCGACCCCGUCUUUCGGGAAUUCGCCGAGCUUUUAAUUAAGCUUAUUGAAUCUCGACUUUCCGAACUAUCGACAACGCGCUGUUUUGCAUAAUGGGACGAGAUCCAACUCCCGCGGGGUAGGUCAGCAUGCGAGGGACGAGAGCUCUCCGACGACGCGUUUUAAUCAAGAAAAAAAAAUAUAUAUAUUAUAAUACAUACUCGGAUCUUAAAGGGGCAGAACGACGCAAGCCGCACUCGAGGUUUAAUCGCCAUCGAUCGGGAAGGCGACGCGUCCGAUCUCCCACGUUUGGCGGGACGAUCGACUCGGCUCGCAGUCGGCGAUUAUCGGGCCGUGCGGUCCACCCGGCUCCGUUUCCACCGGAGUUUGUUACGAUUGUAAAUCCCGCCUCCGGUUCGGCCGGCGCGUUUCGCCAGCGCGACCGGCACAAUUAAAUAAAUACAGCCGGGGGAUCGCGCCGGCCAUUACGUACCUAGCCGACCGUCGGCUAAUCAACCGCAAUCAAUUCAUACCCGCAAUUAAUGAAGUUUAUGCGCGCCCGUGGUGAUUACCUGGCGAAUUCAGGGCCGGCGAGCAUCGACGAUCAAUUCGCCAGGCCAAUAUGCGCAUCCCCUAUAUUCUCCGGGGCGUUGAGACGCCCGCGCGAACUUUAACGCGUUACAGGUGCAAGGGCGCGCAAUGGGGAGCGCGAAGGGGCACGCCGGCGUCCGGGGGACCGUAAACGUUUCUUUGCCCUUGCUCGCGUUUCGUAAAUCAAUUCGUGGAAGUUUAACGCCCGCCUCUCUUCGCGCGUCACCGCGGACGGCGCGAAUCCUCGCAUUCGACGUAGAACGAAAAAUUACGCGUCGAGGUGGGGACUCUCGCGCGGCGGCCGUCUUGGAUCGAGGCGGACCCGUCGAUCCGUUUUCCCGAGUUUUCCCGAGUUUUCUCUUCCCCUGUCCCGUCGCGUCCGCUGGCUCUCCCGCGGGGCAAUGGGCAAUCGCCAGCGCGUCCCAGGUCGGUGGUUUUAACGCGGUUCAGGUGCAAGGGCCGAAGACAAUGGCAGCGGGGUGCCGCCGGUGGCGCCCGCGCGCCUCGCUCGGGAUCCGAUACGAUUCCGGCCAUUGUCUGGGUGCCGCCAUCCACUCCAAUUUCGGGGACGGACGAGCCGUCGACUUUCUUCGGCCUGCGCGAACACCCUGUCGACAAGAACGCCGAGCCGUCCUUUCCAAUCUCCCCGCUCGGUCCGGACGCUUCCCUAGGUCCCCGAGACGCCGUCGACGCGGCUCGCCGGAGGAUUCGCCGCCGGUCGAGUAUUUUUCCUCGUUUCUUCCUUCCUCGAGUCGACCGUAUUACCGUCCGCUCCCGAAAGAGCGACGCCGCUCGGCUUCCUUCUUCUCGCCCGGCUUUAUUCGAUCGUCGGGCUAACGCGCUCGGAACUGCUCCGGGAACGUAAAAGGGCGUGCUCGAUGCGUUUCGUUAACGCGGCCGGAGGGGACGGACGGAAGGAGGAUUCGCGGGAGACGCGGGAGACGCGGGAUUUCGCGUGCCAAGGUGGCCGAGAGGUUCGGGAGGGCCUUUUACUUUUAUCUCCCGGAGGAGCGAGAUGGAGAUUCCGGGAUUCGCGGCGAACCUCGGCGAGGACCGAGUUCAUCCGACCGUCGUCUGUUCAUUGUAAUGAACACCCUCCGCACCCCCGUACCACCAAGAUGCGUUACGUGCGGCCGACGUCCGAUGAUGCAUAGUUGCCGUUGACACGUUGGAACGUCAGCUUCACGUGACCUCUCGAGCCCCGGCCAUUAUCCGCAACCAGCACGAAUUGGGACAAUAACCGCUCCCGCGUCGUGUAAUAAUUAUUGGCCGGCUUUAAGCUCGAUCCGACCGUCCGUCCUGGCCGGGCGCUGGUAAAUAUCGCCGGAUAUCGGAACGUUCGGGGCUCGAGCCGCGGAGAUCGAUGGUCGCGAUCGGUGGAAAAAUACUCCCAAAGGCUGCCGCCGAUACGUGGGACCCAUUAUGCCCCGAUACAAGAUGAAAUAUUAAUCAUCCAUCACGGCCUCGCGCGUCGACCGCCGGUCGCGACAAAAAGAGCAACCCUGACGAGAUCGUGGUCGAGCAUUGCCACCUGAAAUUAUUAAUAUUCGCGGUAUCGAUCGAAACGUUGGAUUCCCGCGACGUCACCCGCGGUACCGAGCCAGGUAAUCGUUUCGUAAUCCGUUCGGACUCGGACGAUCGGUUCGGCUGCAAAACGAGGCGGAACGCCGUCCGGGGGUCGAGUCGGACGAUUAACGUUAAGCCGACCAAGAGGACGGCUCCGGGUCCCUCGGUGAAUUGGGCGACUCCAAGUUAAACUACACCUCGUAGAUCGAAGUGCGGCUUGCGCAAGUAACGCUAAAUUAAUCGCGACGUGGCCCACAAUUCGCGGGGCGCGCACAGGGUUUGCGGGUCGAGUUUCGGACGCGAGCGAGUUAAUGUCGCAAACGAGAUUAGGGACGGAGGGAGAGACGCGAGGGAUCCCGAUCAUUUAUCGGAAAGUGCAAGAAGGUGAUAAGGGCCCUUAAGGGGGAGCGAAAGUGGCAUUUUCGUGACACUUUUCUUCAAACUGGGGGUACCUAAUCGUUUCGUACCUUACUCCGUGAAUACGGAGGCUACAAGGAAAGUCCUGACCCCCGUGUAAUUUGAAGCGUUUAAAAAUUUGUUUAUAGGUAUUUUUUUACUAUUUUUUAUUAAAAAUUAAAUUUCACGAGGAUCAGGACUUUUCUUAUAGCCUCGGUCGACGUUUUCUUCCCACCGGGGGAUGGAGGAUAUGAACGCCUCCUCGGAACCUUACCAACGGAAGUGACCGGGAACGGACCGGACUCCGGCGAAACUUUAAACGGAGGAGAUAAAAAAUCGAGCGAAAAAAGCGAAAGAAAAAAAAACUCGCGAGCGUUUUAACGCCACCAUGGCCGUCCUUUUGAUCGCGAUGGAACGUCGAAUGUUCAAAGUCGGAUACAAAUUGUAAAACGUUACACGGAGUAAUGAACCGCGCCCUCCAAAUGCAUACACGAUCCGUAUCAGGGGAGCGAGGGUCUCGAAGUACACCUUUUAGAUGCGAUGUGGGUGGAGAGCACCAAAGGGUUGUACCGGCAUGCUCGGUUUUGCCCUCAUCCCUUCGCGCUCUCCAUUAAAGCGUCGAUAGUCAUCGGAACGUUCCACGACGUUGCUCGGAGCUACUCUCGAGCUCGUUGGAUGCCUUACCGGAGUGCCCAACAAUUACAGGGAUAUCUGGACGGCGCCUAGAAUCCGCGAGACGUUCGGUUAAAUCGGAUUAGGCGAUUUUUGCGAGCCCCUCGAUUCCAAGAGUGCGGCGAAUUCGAAAGCGGGGAUGAGAGUUCUUGAAAAAUCGUCAGAAUCGUUCCUGGUGUCGAUAAAAAAUGGUCACGCGCAAAACGCGAAUCGUAUGCAUCGCGAUCAUCGUGCAUCGUUGUUCCGAAUGCACCGAAUGCACGGCCUUUCAAUGAUAUCUCGAUAUAUGACGGCUCGCGGCAUUGUGCGCGAUAUGAAGUCGGCAUUGUUUUCGCCGGAGAGACGCGCCACGUACGGAUUUUGAGUUCGCACUUUUGCGAGGGCAAAUCUCGGCUCGAGGAAGACCCCCGAAAGAUCCGGACAAUUCCUCGUGCCCGUUUCCCGGGUGUCCUGGAUUUUGGCCAAUUUUUUGACGUCCCAAGUACUCCUCGCGGUGACUCUUCUCGCCGUUACCGCGGAGUUAUACCCUGUUAGAAAUAUUUAUAAAAUUCGAGCACUAAGUACACAUUCAAAAUCUUGAGAACGGCGAUUUGGUUGAUUCUCAGGUCGCGGUCCUCCGAAUGGCGGAAUUUCCGACUUUUCAUUUCCGCGCUUGGACGCGCUGGAUUCCGUGCGCAAUUACAACCUACAGUGCAAAUCACGCGAAUUAUAACAUGCCGUUGGCCGAAACUCCAAGAUCUUGAAAAGAACGAACAUAAGGUUGUUGUAAUCGAUCGGUCGAGAAUUCUCUUUUGUUUCACGUGCCGCCGAGUCUCUCGAAAUAUUCCAAUGAUCCCCCGUCCCGCCCUCGCUGUCGCUAAUAACCGUCGAAAGUUUUAUUUGAAAUACCAGGCAUACCGAUGGCGAUUAAAUAAAAUGUUAAUACAAUUUCCGGGCCAAUUUUCGAGUCAAUAUUGCCCCGGUGUAUGGCGGAAAAUCCAAUUUGACUCUUAUUUUUCCACGGGGGUCCGAUCGAACGUCCCGGGAAAGAAAGGCCGGACGACGAAAUACUCCGAAAACGUGGACCCGCCUUUUAGAUUUCAGGGCGACCACUGCCGCGGUGUGUCAACCCCCGACGUCGUGUGUCGGAAAUUUCAGAUCGACCAUCGGUGGACGUUCCUCGAGAAAUAUUGUACGAGUACCCGGAACUAUCCUACUCGAAGAUACUUCGGGAAGAGUUCUCGACUCGUAUCGCGUUCCGAACCGGUAGCGAACCAUUUUACUCGAUAGGUGUACUCGGGAGAUUCUCGACUCUCUCGUCCUCUUCUCCGCGGUCCGGAGUUAUUCAAACUCCUGACCCCGGCAAUUUUUAUUAUUGACCGUCCUCGAGUAGUUUCCUUUCAUUUUCCUCCCUAAGUGGAUAAAACGUUAUUACGGGGUGUACCGGACGGGAAAUCGAGGGGAAAAUUGCGUGACUCUUUCGUUCGUAUGUCCCGAUGUGGUGAACGACGAUAAUAUCGAAGAGGGUAAUUACGCAUCGAUCGUGCCCGGGCGAACGGCGUUUUUCAUAGUUUUCCUUUCUGACAGAAAAUCGCCCCCUAAAUUAGUUCCACCGGCUCGUAAUUCGCCCGGGGACGAAUUACGAUUUGCCGAUGGGCUACUGUAAUAAAUAUACCGGCCGACCGCGUAAAGCAGUCGACGAUAAAAAUUGUUUAUACCUGCCGGUAUGGCUCGUGCGGUGAAUAUGAAAUAUUGCCAAUUCGCUAGCGAUUUCAUCAAACUUUUAGAGCAAUCCGUUCCCCAGGUGAGUGGCAUUCUCCUCCCGUGGACGGCCAGUUUUAGGAUUUCGCAAAAAAACCUCUCCCGCGGCCCGUUCAAAAAAUAAUUAUUUUCGAUUCGGUUACACCUCGAUUAAAUCUCGAAAUCGCGGAUGGCUCGCUUCGAGGGACGUCCUCGUUUCGUUUAUUUUUCCGUCUCGUCUGGCCUCUGCGAAGGGGACGGUCCGGGGACGGAAAUCCUAGGGUAUCUCUCGGAUGACGAGGAGGAACGAUAAAAACUGUAUAACGGCGUAAAUAGGAAAUAUCGGAAUGAUACUGGACUUUAAGGGGAUCAAGUGUAUCGGAUACGGCGCGACGGCUCCUCGUUUCUUAAGGAGUCCCUGCCUUGGCCAGGGUUUAAGGUCGUAAACGGAUCUCUGACACCGUCACGGUAGUUAAGUACUUUUUAAGCUCUGUCCCCAGUGUCCACUGGCGGUCGACAUUAAUUAAGUAGGACGAAGUGGAACGUCGCCGAUAUCACCUGAGUCCUCGGCUUGAAAUAAUUAAGAAAGUUGGAACCGCCGUGACAUCGCGCGGCCUGAUAAUUUCCUUCGGUUUUUUUCUUGAACCGCCACCUUCCGGGCCGCUUCCCUUCGUCGACCUGGCUAAUUUUUCAUUAUUUCUCCCUUUCUGUCGGGGGUCCUUCGUUUUCCGGGAAACGCAUCGAUUUGCUCGUGCCUCCUCCGACGGGCGUUCUUGGCGAACGUGAGUGACGAGAAGUAUCCCGGCAAAUCUAUAGAUCCGCGUACUCUUUUUCAACGGCGCGAACUCGGUUGACCGAGGCAUUUCCGAUUGCUGAUAAGUAUUAAUUAAUAACUCCGGUCUUUCGGUAAUGAUGGUUCACUUAUUUAUUAUUUCCUUCUUGGAGCAACGCUUCGUUAUCGAAACGUAUCCCCAUACCUUGGUCCGUUCAUUUUGGUAACCGUAUUUUCAAAGGGGCCGUGAAAUUGGAGUCUUUAAAAUUGUUUGAUCCCUCGGGUUAAAUUAGGCCUCUCGACAAGUGGAUUCGAACGAAUCCCGAUUUUGCGCUCAUGAAGCGUACGCGCCAGAAUCCCGUCACUGACGAUCCAUUAAUGCCUUCAUUUCCAGACUUUGACGGCGACAAUCGAGUCGCUCUCGAUGACUCGAUCGAAGCAGCGGUUCGAUUGACGGGGUUCAACGAGAACGGACGGAUCGGAAUCGACCGGGUCUCCGGAAUAAGCCGUACAUACGUGCGACGUGUACGCGCGUACAUACGCACGCGGGACACGACGCGAUCGGCAUGCCCCGAUUACCCAUGGCGAACCACAUUUUAGACACGACGAUGCGACGUAUCCAGUGUCGGAAAAGGUCCGAUCGCUCGUUCAUUUCGCAUACCGGAAUUAACUUGAACAUUCAAAAUAAUUAAAAACGAUGCUUUUCAAGCGGA